AUGGCCAAGCUUCUUGCCGAAGAGAACUGGAUCAUGACAUUGAACCGCGAUUACAUGGACGACAUCACCAAAGAAUGGCAUGAUAUGGCAAGGAGAGACAUCUUGAAGAGGAGGAUACUAGCGGCGGCCGGUGGGUGUUUCGGUGCCGGUGAUGUUUUCCCAUCAGGAGUUGGAACCAGUGCCGCUGAUGCAUUCAGUGCGCCCGGCGAUGCUUUCGGUGCCGGAGUUGGAACAAGUGCCGACGAUGGAUUUACAUGCUCUUGUCCCUUUGCGGUAGCGAAGAUCCCGACCAAGCUCCCGGCCCCGGAACCGAAUAUUCUGGCCAAGCCCGGCCGCGUCCUCGCCCACGGCGGCAGCGGGCAGCGAGACCCGUCCAAGCUCGCGUCCUCGACCACGGACGGCGGCGAGGAAGACCCCUUCCAAAUCCGCUUCCGGCACGCGAUUCUUGCAGGCCGUUGGGAACUUCAACCCCAACAUCCUCGGCUCCCCUCCCUCGAUGACGCCAAAGAACGCGUCUCAAGCAGCGCCCGGCGUCUCCCCCAUUAUCAGCUCUUCCCGAAACCUCUCCCCAAGUCACAGGAGUCGUCCAAUAUCGUGCUUCUUAUUGGAAAAGAGUCCCUGAUUUCGUACAUGCCAACAAGAAAGAAGACUAACAGUGGGUUGUUAAGGUGAGGAAUUUUUUAGCGUGCAUGCUUUGUUCGUCCAGAUUGGGUCGUGAGUUUUGGGUUUGACAGUGAGGAAUGUUUUAGUGUGCAUGCUUUGUUCGUCGGGAUUGGGUGGUGAGUUUUGUGUAUGACAGUGAGGAAUGUUUUAGUGUGCAUGCUUUGUUCGUCCGGAUUUUAGCGGCCACCGUGUCGUCCAGGUUGGAGAGGAUGACGCAGUCGGCAUGGCUGAAGAGGGUGAAGCGGCUGUUGAGGUUAAGUGUUGCGAGUAAUUUUACUGGAGUGAGCUUGCUCAGAAAUCUGCGACCGUUGAAACAUGAAAUACAUGCAAAGAUGGGGAAUAAUCAACAUGAUGCUCUGGUCGAGAGAAGUAGACAUUAGUUAAGCUUCAAGAGGCUGAGACGACUCUUGUAGUACUAAGAGGAAAAAUUAGUUCUGGAAACACCGAUAUCUCUGUACUAUCUAUCUAUGUUCAGCAAAGAAAUUCAUUUUCUUCCUUUCUCAGUCCUCUAUUUUUUAGCAGACCAAGAUGCACAAAAGUGCGGCCUAUAAUAAACUGAAAUAGAAGCAGGUAACUACACUCUAGAGGUAUACAUGAACAAGAGAAAAGAGGAGAACAAUGAUCAAUGGAGAAAUGCACUGCGCUGUUAACUGCUGCUACUAUAACACUGAAGUUUUAAUUGCAGGACACCCAUAAAGAAAGAAAGAAGACUUGUGCUACAGAAACCAAUCGAAAAGGAGAAGGCAUAAAUGCAGUGGAUGGACUUGACAUUAAGCUGCUUUGUUAGAUAUACCAGGAUGAAGGUUAAAAAUCAGAGGGCCUUAACAUCAUGCCAUAGUAUCUCAAGUCGCACUAGAUGAGAAUGUUUCAUGAUGCAAAUAACUUGUGUUAGCCAUUCUUGUUUUGUGUUUAAUUUUAUGCUUUAUUCUUCGACUCGCUAGGAUAUAGUACAAUUUUCAAUUGUGAGCCUAGCAUCUAGCAUCGAUUUUGACCUCUGAAAUUUUGUUUAGCAGGCAGCACCAGCUGCUUUUAGUGCAAAUCACCGAGAGCUAAGGGUAUAUUUGUCCUUGCAUCAUUGUAAUUUUGAUGCUUUUCCUUAUUAAUAAUUUAAUAUUGCUUGUUC